UCUCACUCCGUGAUCAAGUUUAACACUGGUUGGAGUGGUUAGGUGUUGUUGUCUUCCAGGUCAUGAACAAGCAGUUGCUGUUAGUUGAUCCGCUUCUUCUCAAAUCCAUGUUUCCAUCCUAGGCUUCUUUUUCCGCUCUGUCCCAUCCACCGUCACUAUGGCUGACAUUCGGGCGAUUCCCACGGCUCGACCAUAUCGAAAUUUCCUGACGCCUGCCCUGCAUGACCGUUUCGUCAAAGCCGCAACCGUAACAUGCGGCGUUUGCCUGCUCAUUGGACCUCUGAUGUCCCAUACAGAGAGAUCAUGGUUUCUCGGUCCGAUUCGCGCAAUCUUUCGCGCAACGGUAUUGUUCAUCCCAUGCCUCCUAUUUUGGAUAGCACGACUAGUGAACAUGCACUAUGGCUCCGAGCUAUCAAACUCGCCCUUCCACACCUUUCUACAUUACAUAUCGACAACGAAACGAGUCCAGACAUAUCUGUGGGUGGUAGCGGCAACCAGACUCUACGCCGAGAUAUACAUGGCGUAUGCAGGUUCCGAAGCCCGUUAUAGUUGGGUGGAGGUAGGAAAAGCCUGGGAGAGGAGCAAAGUCAACGAACGAUACAUCUUCAUUGCGUUCAUGUUUUCUUGGUUGGGGCUGGCCAAGUCGACAUGGCAUAUCUACUGCGACCGAGACAAGCUGCCCAUACCAAUUAUCAAAUACAAACCGCAGUCCGAACCGAAAGAUUUGCGACCACCACCCUCUCCAGAGCCCUUUUCCUUCGCAAAUCUGCGCGCAGCCGCAUCGAAAUCCUUACAGUCAGGGCUUUCGGAAUCAGGGGUCCAGAUGCCUGGGUAUUCGGUCUCUGUACGAAAGCAUGUGCAAAGCGUGCUUUUGGAUUCGCUCAGCAUGACUAGUUUUACGGUCCUUAGCGGCACGUUCCUAUAUGCUACAGUGUUUCGCCAACCGCUGUGGUACAUCCAACAUCAAUGUCUUCAUUACUUUUACGGCGUGUUCUACACCCUUCAAAAGCAGUCAACUCCCGGUCCCUAUCCAGGCCUCCUUGAUCUGGUCGGUCGGUUUACGUACCAAGCGACAUUAUGCAAUAUCCUGCUGGAGUGUGCAAGUACAGCCUUCACUGCCUAUACCGCACAAGGACCCACAAAGCGACAGAAACUGCUCUCGGAAGACUCGAAGGACCCGAAUGGCAGUUUGAUCCUCGGUCUGAAGGCACAAAAGGAGAUGGUAAGGACAAUGGCCUUCUGGGAACUUCUCGACCUCACCAAAACUCAUGUGACCCGCCGAGGCACCAUUUUCGAAGAAAUCGAUCGAGUGGGCGGUUCAACAUGGAGUCAAAUCCUCACUCUAUGCUUGAAAGAGAUGAGUGACGUCUCAGGGCGGAUAGAGGCAACCAAAACACCGGCAGAACCCAAGGAGACGAACGGGACCUCGAAACAGCCGGAGAGGCCGGUGAUCAAGACAUUACCCCGACUUACUCCGUCCAUCAAAACGGACAACAUCUUCUCACCGUCGCCCAAAUCUAAAUCAAGGCAAUUGGCCGGCGAGGUGGCCGGUUCAUUUAUUCACGAACCGCGGAAAACUCCAUCAAAAUGGCCCCACAAUUUCUGGACACUGGUCAAAGAGGCCGUCGGAUCGGUCAUCCAGCUGCUUUCCGUUAUCACCGAGUACAUUCUGCGUUGGCCGAUCGUCGGACUCCCAUUCCGUACCUCGAUGUCGCGACGUGCAGCAUUCACCCUGCUCUCCCGACCCGAGUCGCCUAAUUAUCUUCUUUCCUGGAUUCCUUUCAUUUCUCCUACUCCCUGUACGCUAAGCGAUGCGUCGAACAUCGCGGAUGCCGCGACUACGCUAGCGGGCCUUCUCGAGGCCAGUCUCAGGGAGGAUCGAGUGGGACUGGUGCAAAAGGACGUUCAGAGGGUCGUGUCUACCCUGACCAAGACCAUCGCGGACAUCGAAGCAUUUGUCAAUGGGAUGCGUCCCUGGCCAUCUGACGCCGAACUUCUGUUCAUAGACGACACGAACUCAGGGGAUUGGCUAGCGACUUUGCAGACGACGAAGUACCAGGUCCUUCAUGAAGGUGAAGUCGGCGAAGUCGUGCAAGCAUUGAAAGCAGCGUUGACAAGUGUCCUCGGCUCCUUCGCGGAAUAUGCGAGCAGUGUCGGCCUGAGUGAGGCUGCAUUGAAGAAUGCCAAAGAUGUACUGGCGGCUGGUGAAACCAAGCCUCGCAAACCCGCUCGUCUUCCCGUCCCCGAUCGAGAACAAAACAUCGGACACAGUAGACCAGAGAUGGAGCACGUGAACGGCAGGAGGCGCCCAAUACCCAAGGCGCCAAGAUUCCAACCCUACACCCCGGCCGAGCUUGAAGAACGACGCGCAGCCCGGGAGCCUCCAGCUGUAAAGAUCAUCCCAUACACCGAGCAGGAGCUUGCGGAGAGAGGUGGGCGGCUAUGACCUCCGGCCCAUAUGGUCCACCCUUAUUGAAUAAUUUCGUGCAUUGGAGGCAUAGCCACGGCGUUUGGAUGGUAUGUUUCAGAUCGGGAAAGCUGGAGUGGCUC